GGCGGCGGGCGUGUGGCCGCGGCGCUGCCCCGGGGAGGGAGGCACGGAGCCGAGCCGAGCCGAGCCGAGGUUGAACCGCGGGCCCCGGCUGCAGCGCGGGGGAAGCGCCCGCCCGGGCUGGAGGGCGGCAGCGGCGGCGGGAGCCCGGAAAGUUGGAGCCCGGGGAGGAGGCGGCGGCGGCGGCGGCUGCUGCGCGCUCGGAUGCCGCCCGCCGCCUCGGUGCCCCCGCCGAUCGCCGGAGCCCGGCGUCGCCUCCUGCCCGGGGAGCGGCGGGCGGCGCGGGACCAGGAGGGAUGCGGCUGUGGCCCGUGGCCGCCAGGCAGAGCGCGGCUCCCCGGGAAAUGCUCCUGACCAUCGCCGUCUGGCUGGCUUGGCAGGAAGCCUCCGCGGCGCCCACCCCGACGGCCGAUGACCUGAACCUGGGCGUUGACUGGCUGACUAAAUUUGGCUACCUGCCUCCUCCAGGCCCUGUCACAGGACAACUGCAGACCCAGGAAGAGCUUGCAAAAGCCAUCACAGCCAUGCAACAGUUCGGAGGCCUAGAAGCAACAGGGAUACUAGAUGAAGCUACGCUGGAAUUAAUGAAGACACCUCGUUGCUCUCUCCCUGAUCUUGCUGAGUCAGAGACCAGGAAGAAGCGGCACGCUCAGGCCAUGACAAAGUGGAAUAAGAGGAACUUAUCUUGGAGAGUCCGCACCUUCCCCAAAGAAUCCCACCUGGGCCAUGACACGGUCCGCGCCCUCAUGUACUAUGCCCUGAAGGUCUGGAGUGACAUCACCCCGUUGAAUUUCCACGAAGUGGCGGGUAACAACGCUGACAUACAGAUAGACUUCUCCAAAGCAGACCACAAUGAUGGGUAUCCCUUUGAUGGGCCUGGCGGCACGGUAGCACAUGCUUUCUUCCCUGGAGACCAUCAUACCGCAGGAGACACUCAUUUCGAUGACGACGAAUUUUGGACCUUCCGAUCAUCAGAUGCCCAUGGGAUGGACCUGUUUGCCGUGGCAGUCCAUGAGUUUGGCCACGCCAUCGGCUUGACCCACAUCUCUGCCUUAGAGUCUAUCAUGAGACCCUAUUACCAGGGACCGGUGGGGGAUCCCCUGAAGUAUGACCUGCCUUACGAAGACAAAGUCAGAAUCUGGCAGCUAUAUGGAGUCAGGGAUUCUGUAUCCCCAACAGCCAAGCCUGAAGUAACCAAAACUGACGACCACCCCCUUCUGCCAGAGCUGCCAGAGAACCGCUCCACUGUGCAGCUCAGAAGAGAUAUCCCCAACAGAUGCAACACUCACUUUGAUGCCGUGGCUCAGAUCAGAGGCGAGGCUUUCUUCUUCAAAGGCAAGUACUUCUGGAGACUGACUCGCAAUAAACACUUGGUCUCCCUCCAGCCAGCUCAGAUCCACCGUUUCUGGAGGGGUCUACCCCUCAAUAUGGACAGUGUGGACGCGGUGUACGAGAGAACCAAUGACCACAAGAUCGUGUUCUUCAAAGGAGACAGAUACUGGGUGUUUAAAGACAAUAACGUGGAGGAAGGAUACCCUCGGCCAAUUUUGGAUUUUGGCUUGCCACCGGGAGGCAUCGACGCUGCCUUCUCCUGGGCCCACAAUGACAAGACUUAUUUCUUUAAGGACCGUCUCUACUGGCGCUAUGACAACCAUGAGCGGAGGAUGGAUCCCGGCUAUCCUUCAGAGACCACUUUGUGGAAGGGCAUUCCAAGCACAUUAGAUGACGCAAUGAGAUGGUCAGAUGGUGCGAUCUAUUUCUUCAGGGGCAAGGAGUACUGGAAAGUGUUGGACAAUGACCUGGAAGCAGAACCCGGUUACCCUCAGUCCAUCGCCAGAGACUGGCUGGUGUGCGGUGACAUGCAGUCUGAUUCUCCAGACUCCGCAGGGCGCAGCAGGACUGGGGCGCGCUCCAAGCAAGGGCAGCACGACGAGAGCCGUUCGGAAAAUGGCUACGAGGUCUGCUCAUGCACCUCCUCCUCAGAUUCCCUCUCGGCCCGCCCGGCGCUCAGACUCUCCGCAAGCCUUGUGCUAGCGAGCCUGUGGACAGCAGCAGUGGCUUGCGCAGCACUAUGACAUCCAGUAACAUGGACAAGAAGAUGUUACGGUGCUUCAGGGACUGGUGGUGGAAAAAAAUCACACCAUGCUACACUGUUACCGCCGAAACAAACAUUCCUAGGAACAUGGCAGCGAAGGUUUCAAGUUCUCCAUGAGAAGUGAACUGGGUUUAUUUUUAUUUUUUAGUUAAAGGUCUAAUAAUGGACUGUGGGUUCUGCACCUUCUUCUUCCCCCAACCAGCUAAAGAAUAAAGACAUUGCUGAAUAUUAGUUAUAAAGGUUUUGUAGAGAUGUAACACUCGGGGUGUGUAAGAACUGCCAAGUAGAGAAGGCAUGGAUACAUUGAAAGGCCACUCUGGUUUCUUGAAAACAGACCAGAUAGUGGUGAAACCCAGUUGUUAUUCCAGGAACAAAAGCAGCCUCGGUGUAAGGCAGUGGGAAAGAUGCAACAGCUGUGCUGACGUUCAGUAAUGUAAUAUAUGCAUCCGAGUGGAUGUAUGAGAUAGAAUGGCAUCUUGACUGCACUGGGCUUGAUUGCAAAGUGGUACAUUUCACAAACAAAUCUAUGCUGCCAACUGAUCUCAAGCUAACCCGCGCCAGUUUCUAUAGAUCAGAAACAUAUUUGCCUUUAUGAAGGACGUGAAGGUCACCUUUGAUUCCAGAUGUUUAAAUUUAAGGGCUUCUCUGUUAAACCUUGGCCACACAAACACAGAUACCAUGGUCAACAGCAGGUAUCGAUCCCCCCUGUCUUCAGCAUACUCCUUGACUGCUUGAGCUAGAGUAGCUCUUUGAUCUCGGCGCAAGUAGCGGGCUGUUACAAGCACUGAGUGCAGUCGUUCAGCUGAGAUGCAGUGACACACAUGAAACCAGUGUAAUCCACAUGCAUCUAACUUUUCUGCGCCCCUAAAUUCUAUUCUAGAUGUAUUUUGUGAUUGAUCGCUGCAUACAAAAAUCACAUUCGUUUAAGGCUUCCUUUCAAGGAUUUGUGAGGGACUAAACUUUGAAUUGUGGAUGCACGCGCUCGUUUUAGAUGUAUUUUCAAAUAACAGGUUCUGCUUUUUGGCUGGCUUCUUAUAUCAGCCAGAUGCCAUUAUGAUACCAUCAGUUGUGAAUCAAUUAUUCUGUAUGCCACUGUCACUGUUUAAUUUGGCACCAAUACACUAAAGGAGAACGAAGGGGAUUAAUUGUUUUAAAGUGGGGAUCUUGCUCCAUAAAAAUGACGUCACAAAAUUCCAUGUUUGUCUCUCCUUCGCUUACAGAUCCAGUUUGCUCAGUUCACAAGUAAAAAGAUGGUUUUCUAACUGUCCCCAUACUCUACAUGGGUCCAGAGAGUCAAGCUGGGUUCUUUCUGGCUCCUGGACCAACACCUGCCCCCCUGACUCAGCGGAGGUGAACUACAGCUGUACAUACGUGUAGCUUCUGUGGUUGGUUGAAAUGUUUUAAAUUUCACACUUUCCGUCAAAAAUGUUUGAAUUUUGAGCAAAAAAAGAGAGGGUAAAGAUGUUCAGUGAAAUUUUCACAAAACUUCUCUCCCCGCUUCCCCCCACUCCCAUACUGUAAACAGUUACUGUACAGGUAAAUAACCCCUUCUUCCUGGUGGUGGUAGGUGAGCAAGAAGGAGCCAGAUCCAAGGAGAACUUGAAGGGCAACUGGAUUUUUAAAACAUCCUUUAAACUGUAAACUGAGCAACUUUGGUGUGGAAUUGCACUGCUUGGAAACCCCGCAAAAUUGUGAUCAACUAUUUCACUGGGGGGAAGUGGGGGUUGGGAUCAAAAUUUAAUUUUCAAGCAAAAACAAUGUGUUUAAAAAUUGGAAAUUUUCCACUGGCCCUAAGUCUGGAGCCAGUGAAAGACAGUCAACAUGGAACCCUGCAAUGUUGAUUUUCAGAGUAGAACACUUUUAAGGGAGCCAUUUUCAAAAGUGCUGAGCCCUGGCCUAACUCUGUUCCCACUGAGGUCAACAUUGAAAAUUGCUCUUGAAAAUCCACCUAGGAGCCUCUUCAAAGAUAUUUCUUGGAAGAGACUCGUUAAAAAAAGAAGAAGAAGAAGAAGAAAAGAGCAGCACUAGUUUCUUCUAACUUCCAGAUGGAUUUAAAUGAUGAGAGAAACAUCUCUUCCAACGUCUUUUAAUCAUUGGCCUUUCUCUCUCCCACUUCCCAUGUGGAUCACGCUGACAAGUAACUUCUCUUCAUACUAGCCACUACGGUGGCACUGAACAGGCUGGUGUCUUUCGGUGGCCUAACGGGAAGCUGGAUAAGGAAUCUAAAUGGUGACUCUCACACACUUGGUGCCAUUUUGGGGUGAGUGGGUGGGUGUGGUGUUAAAUGAGUUAUAUUAACUCUUUCAGUGCUUCAGGGAAUGGUGUGGCUUGCAGGGAGCAGUGUCCACAUGGCUGCACCAGAUUGUUUAGUUUUUGGUGGUUUUACUGGGGUAAGUCCCUCACCAAAGGCUCUUCAGCAGAGUAGGCAGUCACAGGAUAAGAGGGAAGAUCCUCUCACGGAUCAGUAACUGGUUAAAAGAUAGGAAACAAAAGGUAGGAAUAAAUGGUCGGUUUUCACAGAGGAGAGGGGUAAAUAGUGGGGUCUCCCCAAGGAUCUGUACUGGGACCUGUUGCUGUUCAACAUAUUCAUAAAUGAUCUGGAAAAAGGGGGUAAACAAUCAGGCGGCAAAGUCUGCAGACGAUACAAAGGUUUCAGAGUAGCAGCCGUGUUAGUCUAUAUUCGCAAAAAGAAAAGGAGGACUUGUGGCACCUUAGAGACUAACCAAUUUAUUUGAGCAUAAGCUUUCGUGAGCUACAGCUCACGUCAUCGGAUCCGGUGCCAGAAGUACUCCUUUUCUUUUAGACGAUACAAAGUUAUUCAAGGUAGUUCAGUCCAAACCCAACUGUGAAGAGCUACAACGGGAUCUCACAAAACCGAGUGACUGGGCAACCAACUUGCAGAUGAAAUUCAAUAUUGAUAAGUGCAAAGUAAUGCACGAUGGAAAACACAUUCCCAACUGUCCAUACAAAAUGAUAGGGAGCUAAAUGAACUGUUACCAUUCAAGACAGAGAUCUUGGAGUCAUUGUGGAUAGUUCUCUGAAAACAUCCACUUGAUGUUCAGGAGUAGUCAAAAAAGCUUGGAAAAGGGAUAGAUAAUAAAAUAGAAACGAUUAUAAUGCUGCUGUAUAAAUCCAUGGUACACCCACACCUUGAAUACUGUGUGCAGUUCUGGUCACCCCAUCGCAAAAGAGAGAUAUUCAAGUUGGAAAAGGUGUUGAGACGGGCAACAGAAAUUAUUAGAGGGAUGGAACAACUUCCAUGCAAGAUUGGGACUCUUCAGCUUAGAAAAGAGAUGACUGGGGGGAAUGAUAGAGGCCUAUAAAGUCAUCACUGAUAUGCAGAAAGCGAAUAAGGAGGUGCUAUUUGCCCCUUCAGGUAACACAAGAACUAAGGGUGACACGAUUAAAUUAACAGGCUGCAGGUUUAAAACAACAACUUCUUCACACAACGCACAGUCAACCUGUGGAACUCAUUGCCAGGGUAUGUUGUGAAGGCCAGAAGUAUAACGGAGUUCAAAAAAGAAUUAGAUAACUUCAUGGAGGAUAGGUCUAUCAAUGGCUAUUAGCCAAGUUGGUCAGGGAUGCAAACCCCUGCUCUGGGUGUCCCUAAGUCUCCGACUGUCAGAAACAUCUGCAACUGGCCAUCGGAGAGAGGAUCCUGGGCUACAUGGGCCAUGGGUCUGACCCAGUAUGACCGUUCUUAUGUUAAGUCCAUUUCCCUGAGUGUUCACUAAGCACCUGGGGGCAUCUAAAGGGACUGAAUUAGAUCCAGAGCCGGUAAACCAUUCCACACCCAAGGAGCUGUCAAAAGGGCGGUGCUACUGUUAAUGGAUCCUAAAGGUCUGGGUUUUCCAGUAGCUGCUGGUACAUUUGUUCUGUUUCUCUGCCACAAAAAUCACCCCCUCCCUUCUCCCCAAAUGCCAGGCCUCCGUUAAUAGCAUGACACAGGGACUCGGAAGCAGGCUGCAGCAUCCAUUUGGACUCAUAUUGUAACACUUUAUCUUUGCAACAUUGCUGCUGCUCUGGUCCUAUCCCAGUCCGGGGCUGCUGCA